CUCCAUCCCUCCAUCCAUCCCUCCGUCCGUCCGUCCGUCCGCCCCCCCGGGGAGCCGGGGCAACUCCGGCCGCCUGCAGGCGUUGGACGCCCGAGAGGAGCAGCCGUACCCCUAGGGACACCCGCCGCCGGCGAGCCCUGCCUCUGGGCCGCGAGCAGCUCCGCGCCGAGCCCCCCCGCGCGCCCGGCGUGCCGAUGGCCAGCAACAACACGGCGAGCAUAGCGCAGGCACGCAAGCUGGUGGAGCAGCUGAAGAUGGAGGCCAACAUCGACAGGAUAAAGGUGUCGAAGGCGGCAGCAGACCUGAUGGCGUACUGCGAAGCCCACGCCAAGGAGGACCCCCUAUUGACCCCCGUCCCGGCCUCAGAAAACCCCUUUAGAGAGAAGAAGUUCUUCUGCGUGAUCCUGUAAACCCUCAAGGAGCCUGACCGGCACUCGGGCCACCCUGAACACUGACGUAGAGUUUUUAGGAACGGGGGACGACCUGCUAGUCCGCAGAAUUUAAACAAAAAUAAGUAAAAAAAAAUAAAAAUAAAAAAAAAUACACGGCCUGGAAGCUACGGGGAUGUGCAUGUUUAAAGAACCCGGCCGCCCCUGGGGGGAAUGAGGUGAUCUGCAUUGCGAGGCAAAAGAGCUGAAGUCUGUAGAGUUGCCUAGAAAGAAAAAAAAAAAAAAAAAAAAAGGAAAAAAAAAAAAAGAGAA